CAUUACUUUUAUAAUGAAAAAUAAUCUAUUGUGUUCUUUCAGGAACUUACUGGUGAUGUCAGAGGCAACAUCUACUUUAACAUAUAACUAGAGAAAAUUAAGAGGAUGUCAAUGUCCUUAUGAAACAUAGUCAAGAAGAUAUAACUAUAAAUGCAGGGUGGGUCUAGUUAUAACUGAAGAAAUGGCAGAAAAAUACUCUCUUCUAGAAGAAAACAUCACUUGUUCUGUGUGCAAGGAUAUCUACAAGGAUCCUAUUGUCCUGACAUGUAGCCACAGCUUCUGUAAAAACUGUAUGGAGAAGUACUGGGAAUUGAAGGGAUCUCAGGAAUGUCCACUUUGCAGGGAGUUUAUUAAAACACAACCUCAUGCCAGCCUGUGUUUAAGGAAUCUGUGUGAGGCCUUCACAAAGGAGAGGAGUCAGAAACCCCCAACAGGGUCUGAAGUGCUCUGCAGUCUGCACAGUGAGAAACUUAAACUUGUUUGUAUGGAUGAUGAAGAGCCUAUCUGUGUGGUUUGCCAGACUUCAAUAAAUCAUAAAAACCAUGAGCUCCGUCCCUUGGAGGAGGCUUUAAAGGAUUUUAAGGAGGAUCUCAACACUGCACUGGAGCCCCUACAGAAAAAGCUGGAAACCUUUUGUAAAGUUAAACAGGCAUGUAAUCAAACUGCAGAGCACAUUAAGAUGCAGACCCAACAAACUGAGAGGCAAAUAAAGGAGGAAUUUGAGAAACUUCAACAGUUUCUACUCAAUGAAGAGGCAGCCAGGAUAGACGCACUGAGGGAAGAAGAAGAGCAGAAGAGUCAGAUAAUGAAGGAGAAUCUUGAGAGCCUUACAAGAGAGAUUUCAUCUCUUUCAGACACAAUCAGAACCAUAAAACAAGAGAUGGGAACUGAAGACAUUCAAUUCCUGCAGAAAUACAAGGAGACAAAGAGCAGAACCCAGUGCACACUGCUGGAUCCAGAAGAGGUUUCAGGAGCACUAAUAGAUGUUGCCAAGCACCUUGGAUCUCUGAAGUACAGAGUCUGGGAGAAGAUGCUGGGGAUUGUUCAGUACACUCCUGUGACUCUGGAUCCUAUCACAGCAAAUCCUCAUCUCUCGUUGUCUGAGGAUCUAACCAGUGUGAGAUACAGUGCUGAGAAACAGCAGCUUCCUAUGAACCUAGAGAGGUUUGAUGAGCAUUACUGUGUGCUUGGAUUUGAGGGAUUCACCUCAGGAAGACACUGCUGGGAUGUUGAAGUGGGAGACACCACUUACUGGCUCUUAGGUGUGAGCAAAGAGUCCAUCAAUAGGAAAGGGUUAAUGACUCUGAGCCCAGAAAGAGGAUUUUGGGCUAUAUGGCAUUGGGAAGGUUCUUACAGUACACUUACCUCACCAGGGAUGAGACUCACUUUGAAGAGGAAACCCCAGAAAAUCAGAGUGCAGCUGGACUAUGAAAGGGGGGAGGUGUCAUUCUCUGAUCCUAGUGAUGGGACUCCCAUACAUACUUUUAAAGAUACAUUUACUGAGAGAGUGUUUCCAGUCUUCUCACCUGGUGUUGGCUUUAUCCCUUUGCGAAUCUGCCCAGUGAAGGUGUCUUUAAUGGUGGUGAGUAACAUAGGGUGAUGAAGGUGAAGAUUGGUGCAGAAAAAAACCCUCCUGAAGAGGCAAGGUACUAUAAGGUAUAUUACACUAGGAAUUACUGUAUGUUUUAUUAAGUUUUUAAUGUGCUUUCUUUUUCCAGAGAAUAGGCCUACAGUUCAGCUGUCUGUGUAAAGCACCAGAAAGGAGACUCUCUGUACAGCAGCAUAUCUCUAGUCUGCAUAAACAGGGUCCGUUCUCAACCUUCCUAAUUAUGAAUAGUCGAACAAUGUUCCUCUCAGUUUUCUAAUGCAAGAGAGAAAAUCUUGAAAAAGAUCCUGGAACAGAGAUCAGAUCAUGGUCAAUCAUCUAAAAGACUACACCUGACAUCAAUACCAAUCAACAACAGUAAUUUCCUGGUUUAAAGAUACUGCAGCACAACUCAACACUGUUGUCCUAGUCAGGACUUUAAGAUUCAUUCAAGAUAUCAGGCUGAAAGUGAGUCCAUACGUAAAAAGAAUUCUGACUGUGAGCCAAUUGUUAUGGAUUUUAAUCAAAUAAAUACAGCCUGCAUAUUAGAGCAUAUACAGUAGUAGUCCUACACCCUGGGGUGAACCAUGCUCUCUUCACCCAUUGUGAUACAACUAUAUCUGAAUCACACUGUUGGGAAGUUCUGCUCACUAUUCUAGCCAGGAUUUCCAUUAAAGAGAAAUCUUGAGAAUUAAACAUUCUUUUUUCUCUUUGUAUGAUGAAACAUCCCUGGGCCAAGCCAGUAGAAGAGGAUUGGACAUCACUAAGAAAAACCCAUACUGAUCAGUCUGUCAAUUGGAAGAGUAAAAGCUAAAUGUUCAUAUUAAAAUUUCAAGAGUUAAACUACCAUUCCAAACACUUCUGACAAAAGUCCGUUCCCAAAAGUAAACAAAUGUUCAGGUAAAGGUUAAUUUAACUCUAAAACGUAAAAAUAAUAUAUAUUUCAGCUGUAAGGCCAUGUUCUGGUGUAACACAUUUCUAUUUUUUGGCAUGGUAUUAACCUUUACAUGUUCCUUUGCAGCCAAUGCAUCAUCAUGCUACCAAUUCGAACAGUAAUACUUUACAGUUUACUGAUAUUUCAGAACAUGAGAGUUACAAGUUAAAAAAUAAAUGUCAUAAUGGUGUUUUAACAUAUAAUGUUUUAAUGAUAUUAUUACUAUGUUUGUAAUCCAUUACUUUUAUUUUUUCUUUGUAUAGAACAGAAAGAGAAAGGCCAGAAUAGAAUGUGUAGAGUACACAGAUUAAUAACAACAAUUCUGGAUCAACGUUAUGGCAGAAAAGAUUAAGAUAAACCUUUAUCAAAAUGACUGAAAGGCAAAAGUGUGAGAAGGAGAAGAGCAAACAAAGAUCCUUAACACACCAACUCAGCUGAGCAGCAUGGUGGAGGUAGUGUCAUGGCUUGGGCAUGUAUGACUGGCACUGGAACUGGGUCACUGGUCUUUACCAAUGAUAUAACUGAUGAUGGCAGCAGCAGAAUGAAUUCUGAAGUAAUGUAUUUUCAACAAAAUGCCUCCGUACUCAUUGAGUGGUAAUUCAAUGUGCAGUAAGACAUUAACCCAAAACAUACUGUACUCCAAAGAAUCCAUCGGGAAAAAAAAGAAAAAUUUUUAACUGGUCACCUCAAUCUUCUGAUUUGAAUCCUAUUAAACAUACAUUUUACCUGUUGAAAAGGAAACUAAAGUCAGAAAUUCCAGCAAAAAGCUUAAAGUACAAAUGCCUGCAGUUAAGGCUUGGUAAAGCAUCUUGGAGGAACAUAUCUAGUGAUGUACUGUAAAUGGCUCCAACAGUCAUUGCAUGCAAGAAGUAUGGGAAAUACUGUACUAUUGUUACAUUAGUUUAUAUUAAGUUCAUUUAUUGCAAUAAUUUCUGUAAGCUGACCUGGAAUUGGGUGUGGAUUGAAACAUCCAGAAAUAAAAACUGACACUCUGUGUCAAUGGGAGACACUUUGCCUCAUAUUCAUCUUUUGAUCUGAAAUAGAAAUUUUAAUAGUACACAGUAAAAUAUUACAGAGCGCAAAUUUCACUUUAAUGUCCCAAUACUAAUGCUUUUCACAGUACAAUAUAUACAAUGUAUCAAUAUUUUUGUUGAUUUACUAUGCAUCUUCAGUUAUUGGAUUUAUAAAUUGUAUUUUGAAUGUGGUGAAUCCGUGUACAGAGCCUGCUUACAAUUUUGUCUUACUGACUCCUAGAGCACAGCUUAUAGCACUCUUGCUGUUUACUGCUACAAUUUUUAACUGCGCUAGUAAAUUCAUAGAUCACAUCAAUAAAUAGGUCUUGGCUGUUAUGACUCUUAGGACAAACAACAUUUUUAUGAAUAUUGAUUAAUAGAUCU